CCACUCAGCUGCCGCCGCAAACCUGUGAGGUGUCUGACUUCAGCCGCUUCGGCAGCCAGAUCUUUCUCCAUCGGGUCCUCAGCUAAGACCGCGGCCAUGCCGGUGAAGGUGACGGUGACGGUGACCAGCCUGACCAUCACAACCACGUCCUCUUUGGACUCCCUGACCAUCCUGGGGUCCCCUCCGGCGCUGUGCCAGCCCCUGGGCCUGCUCCGCCUGCUCCAGUCGCUUUCCACCUGCAUGGCUUUCUUGCUGGUAGCCAGCCAGGGCGACUAUGUAGGGCUCUCGGGUAACUGGUGCGUGUUCGCCUGGUGCUUCUGCUUCGCUGUGACCUUCAACAUCAUCCUGGUGGAGCUAGGCGGGCUCCAGGCUCGCUUCCCGCUGUCCUGGCCCAACUCCCCCAUCACCCACUGCUCCGCCGCCCGCUUCUGCCUCUCGGCCUCCAUCACCUACCCCACCACCUACGUCCAGUUCCUGAGUCAGGGCCGCACCAGGGGCCACGCCAUCGACGCCACUGCCUUCUCCUGCAUCGUGUGUGUGGCUUAUGCCGCCGAGGUGGCCUACCGGGCCCGGCCAGGCGAGAUCACGGGCUACAUGGCCACCGUGCCAGGCCUGCUCACGGUGGUGGAGACCUUCGUGGCCUGCAUCAUCUUCGCCUUCAUCAGCGAACCCUACCUGUACAAGAACGAGCCGGCGCUGGAGUGGGGCGGGGGCGCCCUUCUCUUCGUCCUCUUCUACGCCUCGGCCAUGGUCCUCUGGCCUCUCUACCAGUUCGACGAGAGGUAUGGUGGCAUCCCCGAGCGCAGGAGGGAGCCCGGCUACAGGAACAGCAGCAUCCACAGCGUGUGCGGCUGGGAGCACUGCCUGACCAUGGCCAUCUGA